AUGACACCAUCUUCGCCUCAGGAGUACCUCAUGGUCAGGUUCUAUCGUGCCAUCUUAGCAUUCUUUCAGAGCGGGGUCAAUGAGAAUCCCUUUUCUCCUGAGCGUUUCCUGGUGGAAGAAGACUCUUUGAUUGCGAGGGAGCCGAUCAGAAGAGAGAAAAUGGUAGAGAAGGCAGGUAUCAGCAUGCCUAUCAAAGCCCCCACCCUGCAAACUGCACAGUCUCCGGCUUCCGUGUCAAAGAAAGUCCUCGCAAUCCUUCGCAUUAUCCUGCUGUUGGCUGCGCAGCUCAUAAUUUCCAUUCUGGUUGGCGUCUUCAUCACUCCUCGCGUUUCUUGCACCCAGCUGCCGCCAUUCCUGAACCGAUACUGCCCUCCUUCUUCUAUCGAGAACGCUUACCAUGGUCAAGCGGCAUGCCCUUGCUUAAUUCCGCCUACGCCCCACUCAUGUGCCGCCCCACUGCUGCAAGGUGGCGGCAUAAGUGCCGGAGCAGAUGGAGCCGUCAUUGCUGGAAACCCAAACGAGUUCUCUCUGCUUGGCCUAACAAACCUUGCGUCCAGCUCUAGCGGCGCACGUAUCCUGCAGAAAUUUUGCAAGAUCGGACCGCGGACGUCGCUAAUGGACAGGCUCUUGCGCUCUUCAGACUGCCAUCAUGCAGACUGGGUGCUGGCAGAUUCUCUCGAACAGCACGAGUGUUGGGAAUUCUAUGGCUCUGAAGCCCUUCUUCCUAUCAGGUUGGAUGCUCGUUCAACAAUUUCCCACUUCUCGGUGGGCCAUUCCAGCUCAGGCGAUCCAAGCAGAGCCCCGCGGGUGCUGGUAGUUUGGGGAGUAGUAGACGGUACGCAGAGAGAAGAUCUACUGCAGCAGCUGUCCAACCUACACGCCACAUUCAUGGCGAGACUGCCAAGCGGAUGGAGAAUUCCCGUACUUCAAGAACACUUCCUUAUCCCUUUGACAUACAUCUUGCAUGAGCUGAUUCAGUUCGGCGGCCCAGACACGGGAACUUAUUAA